AUGCUACUUGUGUAUCUUCUGGGCUGCCUUGCCGAGAUAGUGGAGCAAUGCAAGCCUAUCAACGAGGGAUAUGUACUCAGUAAGUACUUUGCUCAGUGGUGCCCGGCGUGCCAAAACAUGGGGCCGCUUAUAGAGGAGAUCAGUAACAAGAUAGACAGGCACGAAGCAAAUCUAAAAAUAAGAAGUGUUGACUGUGAUGAAUGUUCUUGUCCAAAUGUCAAAAGUUACCCGACGCUGGAGAUGUCUAAGGAUGGAGAGACUCUUGGAAAGCUGGAGGGUCCUCAGGAUUAUGACGAAAUAAUUGAGUUUAUUGUAAACCAUACUGGAAUCGAGAGAAGCGUGUUUGAAGGACAUGCCGCACAGAAGGAGGCCGAGGUUAGGAGGUUGAAUAAGAAUGACUUCCUCAGUGGGUUUGAUGGUCCUCAUAUUGUUCUGUUCUAUUCCAGAGAGGACGACAAAUACAGAGAAAUAUUUAAGGAGAUUGCAAAGAUCUAUAAUGGAAAGCUGAAUGUCGGGGAGAUCGACAGUGCAGAGUCUGCAGAGUUUGUCAAUAGAUAUGACAUCAGGUCUUAUCCCUCGAUAUCUGGAAUCUAUAACGGAUUGGUUGUUCCUUUCAUAGAGAAAGGGAAAGAGCCCAGCAUGCCCAACUUGAUUGAGUUCUGCGACAAGCUCAUCGAACAGUCGUUCGCCAAUCUGACCCUUGCCAAGUUUGGAGAGCUAGCAUCGAAGCUUGAGCCUGGAGAGCCUAUCUAUGUGGUCUUCCAUAAGAACCUUGCGCUGGCCAAUGCAUACUUCCAGAGGAUGGCCCACAUGUACAAGUUCCGGGCCAGUAUAUACAGGUCAGAUGACCAGGCUCUAUUUGAAAAGGCAUCCAUAUUCCCUAAGGAGCUAGGCUCUGGCUCAGACACAACCUCCAGCCCCAACCAUGAAGAUGUUGUCAUUCUCUCUGUGUAUAAGAACGGGGUCUUUUACAGAUACUCAGAUACCUUUGGAGAUGAGACAAAGAUAACAGAUUGGAUAUUCCACACCCACUACAGGUAUUUAACAAGAAUCGACAAUCACAACUUCUACUCCAUAUUCCAUGGCCUCAAGCCUGUAAUGAUACUUCUGACAAGAGGAGAGGAGCUAGUAAACAAGAUGAACGAGUUUAGUGCAGACAGACACCUAGGGGUUCCAUACACAGACAUGAUAUUUGCUACCAUGGAGAUCGACGAGUAUCCUCUCUUUGUCCCGACACUUCUCCCAAGACUUUCCACUCCUGCAUUGAUUGUGUUUGAACCCUGGAGAAAUCUAUUCCGCCACAAAAAGGCCAAGCUCACAGAAGACAACUUCAUUUCUACAGCAAUGGAUACCUACACUCUGUACCAAAACAACCGCCUUCCGCUUUACCCGCCAAAAUCACACAAUGUUUUGAAGUACUGUUUGCUCGGUGGGCUAGUUCUCGGAGUCGGAUUGUACUACUCCUCCAAGGCUGGCUUUGCAAAGAAGAACAAAUAA